AUGCCAUCAUACAAAGAACUUCGCGCUCAGGGUCUUCAAGCCAACCCUGUAGCAUAUCCUCUCCCUGCGCGCAAUUCAUCAGGUGAAAGUGUUCACGUAUACCAAAGAGGCAAGUGGACUGGAAACUUCCUUGACGCUGAACUCGAGCACAUUGAAGUGCCUGCACACAACUGUCCCUCGUUUACCACCACCACUCAGCCUGAGCGUCUUACCCUGGAAGACACUCCCGCCACCAUGCUAUAUCACCGAUCCUCCUUCAGCAAGCAGGUUCUUGCUGUUCCUUUCCCAUCCGCACCCCAGAGAGAUGAAAAGGGGUUGUUCUCAGCCACGCCUGAGAACCUCCCUACAAGACCCCAGCGACCCUCAGAAGACACGGUCCGCGAAAGGGCCUUCAGCAAGCUCAUCACCACUGAAAGACCUCUCACAGUCGACGAAAAGAUCGCUCGGGACAGUCAAUACCUGGUCGAGUUGCAGAGAUGGAGAUCUUGGGCCUCGAGAAUGCCUGAGGAAUGGAACUUCCUGGACCCGGCCGAGUACAAGCAGCUCAACAGCAUGAUGCCCACAGCUUCCGAGUCGCAGGUCUACAAGCCCCACAUGGACAAUGACACACAAAUCUUCUGGGUCUUCCUCCUGUUUGGCGUGGCCUCUUACCUCUGUGGCGCGCCAGUAGGUCAACUUGUCGCCCUCGCCUUCCUCGCAAUUGCUGUCGUCCAGAUAAACCACCAGAACAGCCUGAAUCCCAUUGCUUUGUUCAAUUCCGCUGUCCUGAACCCUAUCAGCGUUAUGUAUCUCCUCGGGUACUGGAUUCUGGGGACGAUUGGCGUCGUAGUGCUCGUCAUUUCGUCAGUCGCGACUUCCAUCCUCUGGCUCUUCAAUCAAGUGGCUACCUCCUCCGCAGGUGCCAACUCCGGAUCUCGUACUGCUUUCUGCGAUGCGACUGCUCGCUUACGCGAUGCAAAGCAUGACUUCAUGAGGGACGUCUCUGUAUCUCGCUUGGCGCCCUGGCUCGCCGCAGUGCUGCUCGCAGUGUUGAACUACAAGAUGCUUCAAGCGCCCUCGACUGCCUUCCUGCUCGCAUGUAUGAUGCUCUGUUUCUUCAUUACCAUCUGUGUCAUGGCGUCGUUCGUGGAGCGCCCUCCUAGCGCAGUUGUUGACGACCCUGUCAUCCCGCCUCCUACCAGCCCUCCUGCUACUCCUGCUGCUCAGAUUGUCCCUGCCCUCCGCGCAUCGACAACUCGGACCGGGCACAGCGGUAUCACCUUCGCUGACCCGCUGGCGACUCUGCAGUCAGUCAGCAUAAAGUCUCUCCCUGAAAUCCUUCGCCCGAAGCCGCUCAUCGAGAACUUUGGCACGCCGAUCCGAGGUCCCUUGAGCAAGGACUUUGGUGCUCGACGUACCCCAGAGGGCCUGCACACAGUCCAACCCUCCUUCUUCACUACUCCACCGAGGCCGACCUUUACUUGA